AUAGCUUCUUUUGAUCAAAUGGCGAAUUGUAGCUAAAUUGGAAUUUUUCAACUUUCCUUCCUCCUCUCCACAUUUUUAUCAAGUGGUGGUGGAUCCGGCGAGACUUCCACUUUUCAUUUCUCUUUUUUUUUUUUAAUUUAAGCUGUUCUUGUCUGAAAAUGGCCGUUGGAUUGGACAGCCAGAUUCUCACACUAAUCUUCUCCUUCAAUUAUUUCUUCUGCUCAUGGCGUGAGAUUUGAGGUGUGUUGUGUGUUGUUGUCAGAUGAAUUGUGUUUGAAUGUUUUUGGUGGGUGUGGAGAUGGACCGGAGAAGCUGGUUAUGGAGGAAGUCAUUUGAGAAAAGUCGCGGAGAGACAGAGAGUACAGGCUCACUCUCUUCUCAUUCUGAAAGAAUCUCACACGAUCAGGUUGAGAAAGAAGCUGCGGUUCUAAAGCAACAGCUUAAUGCUUCUGUAAGCAAAGUUUCAGCUCUUGAUAGUGAACUCAAGGAAUGUGUGAGGCAGCUCUGGCAGGGAAGAGAAGAGCAAAAACAGAAGAUAGAAGAAGAAGCUAUAAACAAGAAAUGCUCGGAGUGGGAAGCUACAAGAUCUGAAUUUGAAUCCCAAAUCAAGGAGCUUCAAGCCAGACUUGGAACUGGAAAAGAAGAGGUUGAUACUACUGCUUCAGUUCACGAAGAGGACCUUUACCUGAAACUCUGAGGCUUUAGAGAAAGAUAACUCAGCCUUGAAGCUACAACUACUCUCAAGGGCUUAGGUAAACUUGAUGCACAAUCAAGCCAUCUUAAACAAGAACUUGAAAGGACACGUGCAGUUGAGGACACGCUCUCAUUGGUCAGGGAAGGGAGGAAGACUAAUAAAAAAAUCAGAGAAAAGCUGACGUGGAGUUACCGUGUUAUUUAGGCGGUUAUGCUGUUAAAGGGUCAUAGAAGUCGAGCUUUUAUGAAGUAAACCUUCUUCUUCUUCCUCUCCAUCAUCAUCAUCGAGAGUCUUUCAAAGUAUCUGGAGUUACCAUCAUCGAAGCUUCUCGUCUCAUGGCGGAAAACCUUCGCCUCUAUGACAGAGAUCCAAGGAUCGUAGAGAUCAUCAAGAAAUCCACUUACGGAUGGCUCGGAUACGAUGAUCUUCGGAGUCUUUUUGAGUUUUCUGGAGCAUUUCUACUCUCCAAAGGACCUGCUUCUUUUGAGGAAGGCCUUUAUGUCUAUGAAAUGGAGCACAAGACUGAUGAAAUUGAGUGGGAUUUUCAAAAUCAUGAAGCUAGUGGAAUGGCUGGAGAUGUAAGAGUGUUGUAUACUAGUUUCACUAAGAAGUCCAACGUAACUCCAUCCUUGGAGAGAAGAAUUUACAUUUGUGAGGGGCAUGUGCUGUGCCUGGUUCACUUCCGGUUCAUUGAAGAAGAACAGAGACAAGAAGCAGAACUGGAAGAGGCUGGCGAAGAUCUUACUCCUCCUGUUAAUCUUGCCACUGCAGCUUUUGAUGUUGCCUCUCAAACACUCUCAAACACUCUCGAACCAUGGAUGCAAGAUAUACUUCAGGACUCCACAGACAACUGGUUAGACUAUGGAGAUCUCAUGACUCUUUUUGCUCACAGUGAAAAGCUUCCACUGUCAAAGGGACUUGCUGCAGGGCUUGAUGAACUUGAUCAAGGCAUCUACGUGUUCACUAGACAAGAGAGCCUCCAUACGGUUGACUGGUAUGGCUCUCCUACUAAGAUUCCUGGUCAUGUUCCACUUAGUUACCGAACCUCCUAUGCUGUUCCCAAUGAUCUGAGCCUAAAUGCAACAAUGGUGCGAAGAUUGUAUGACUGCGAUGAGUAUGCCAGAUACAUAGUCCACUGUCGUUUAAUUGGAGGAGGACAAGAAGAAGAACAGGAACAAGAGGCAGAACUGGAAGAGGCUGGCGAAGAUCGUACUCCUCCUGUUAAUCUUUCUACUGUUGGUGAUGUUGCCACAGCAGCUUCUGAUGUUACCUCUCAAACACUCCCAAACACUCUCGAACCAUGGAUGCAAGAUAUACUUCAGGACUCCACAGACAACUGGUUAGACUAUGGAGAUCUCAUGACUCUUUUUGCUCACAGUGGAAAGCUUCCACUGUCAAAGGGACUUGCUGCAGGGCUUGAUGAACUUGAUCAAGGCAUCUACGUGUUCACUAGACAAGAGAGCCUCCAUACGGUUGACUGGUAUGGCUCUCCUACUAAGAUUCCUGGUCAUGUUCCACUUAGUUACCGAACCUCCUAUGCUGUUCCCAAUGAUCCGAGUCUAAAUGCAACAAUGGUGCGAAGAUUGUAUGACUGCGAUGAGUAUGCCAGAUUCAUAGUCCACUGUCGUUUAAUUGGAGGAAGGACAAGAAGAAGUUGAAGAAGAAGAUGGAGAAGGACAAGAAGAAGAAUGAUACACUUUACUGUUCAAACUUGUAAAAAGAACUAUGAAAAGGGAACAAAAGUUGUUGUAUUGAUCAAAAAAGGAAUUACAAUAGAAUACCCAAACCCAGCGCUCUAAGAUGUUGCAUGAGAGCUCUUGUGAAAUGAAACAUCCCGAAGAGGAUUAGUAAAGCAAAAGGGUUUUCCUUUGAGGUUGA